AGAACUCAUUCAUCGCAUUAGGGGGAAGGAAGCAAAUCAAAAACGUUUGGAAAAUGUCGAGUCUAACAGAUGCCAUGUACUACGCACAAAUAUCUUGUCCCAAAAGGAAGCUCACGAUACUCCGAGGCUUUAUUUGGCCCACGCUCGAUAACAUUUUCGAUGCAGCCGCCCAAAUUGGCAUCGUUGGCCGUUACUUGAUAAGCGCCAAGGACAAUACCAUCAUUGGCGACCAUUUCGCAUUGCGUUAUUUGCUUGAGAGGCAGCACACGAUCCUGGUGUGUGACUCCUUGGAUGGCCUCAACAACGAAAAGGUGUGCCUUGAAGUUUCCGGCGAGACUGCCACUGAAGAGGCUGUGGCACAGGGCCUGGAGCUGGAGCUCACCAAUUCGGAGGAGGCACUGUUGAAGGGAGUCACCAGUCAGGUUGUGAUCGCAUUCAGGCAGUUCCUCUCGCGGCAGAAACAAUCGAAAGCUUAGAGUAAAAAUUCAAAGUGAAACGCUUUCCCCUGUACUGAAGAGCUGAUAAAGCUGUCCGACUAUC